AUGUUGUAUUCCAUAUCUGCGGCAGCUUCCCGGGUACGUUUUUUCUUUGGUUUUUAUUGGUUUAGGUAUCGGUUGUAUUGAUUUACAAGGCACUUGAAGCGGCGUGGUUGGAUUUGCUUGAAAUUUUGAAGGGGUGCUUUUGAUCGGAUGUAGAUCAAGGUCGGAGUUUUUGCGAGUGGAAUUAGCGGCUAUUUGUUGAGGUUUUUAAGAUUUUAUUUGAUUAAGAGGUAGCUAAGACAAAGUUGAAUUUUUGCAUGGCCAAGUUAAUUAAAAUGGUAAUACUUUCUUCUUUGUAAUACUUUCUAAUUGAGUAGUAAAAUUCUUUUCUUUCUUUUGGAUAAGUUUCAACGGAAAGUAAAUACAUUAAAAAUCAUUUUUUCUGAUAUUAUCCUUGCUGGAUCAAAAAAAAUUUCUGCAGGGCUGUCGUCGAUAUAUGGAAGACCGUGUUGUGAUAGAACUGAUGCGAGAUGAAAACAAAGAGAUUGACGGCAUUUUCGUCGCAGUUUUGGAUGGUCAUGGCGGGCCUGAAGCUUCCUCCUACGUGAAAGAACACCUUUGGCCAAUCUUGCAGUCGACUCCGGGAUUCGAAUCCACUGAUAGCGAGGCUGUUCUGAAAGCAAUGAAAGCGACUUUCCUGCAAAUUCAUGAGGAAAUGAAGGAUGUUCAUGUCUCAUGGCCCUCUCGAGCCAACGGUUUUCCGUCAACAGCUGGAACUACUGUUAGUUGUGCGCUGAUACGUCAUGGCAAAAUUUACACUGCUCAUUGCGGAGAUUCAAGGAUUGUUUUGGUCAGAGAAACUUCGAUGGGUAGGAUUUUUGCUCAAAACAAAAAAUUUUUAUAUUACACAUGACAUUGAUAUCAAAUUUUUUUUUAUUUUUUUUAGGAUUCUCGCACACCGACCUCACCGCCGAUCACAAGCCCGAAGAUCACAAAGAACUGGCCCGAAUCGAACGUGACGGCGGCUCCGUUUCACGGGUAUCUCUGGUCCCACGCGUCAUGUGGGUCCGUCGACAUUCCGAUCGCACCGAAUCCGUGCCAUUCCUCUCCAUUGCCCGCUCGCUGGGCGACUACUGGUCUUUCGUCCCAACCACCAUGAAAUACGCGGUCAGCCCCGAGCCGGACUUGGACGUUCGUCCCCUCACUUCCAAAGAUAAAUAUCUAGUGCUAAUUACGGAUGGUAUAACACAUGUCAUAAAGUCGGCUCAAAUUGCGGAUCAUAUGUGGGAAGCUCAUCCUGGAGUUCGAAAUGUAUGUGGUUUUAAUUUUUUUGUUUGAUGUUUAGAAUCGAGUCCGAAAUCCGGCCAGAUACUUGCUGCAGAAGACGAUCGCUGGAUGGAGAAAUCUCAAGAGUGAUAACAUGUCAAUACUGUGUAUUGGAGUAGGUUUUCAGAACGGUUAUAGUGUAAUUGGACUCUUGAAAAUUUUGAUUUUGGCAAUGGACCUUGUUUUAGACCCGAAAAAACCUAAAUUUUAGUUGUUUUAGAGUUUUGAUACUUAGAAUUUCAAAAUUUUUAGUUCCAUUCCACCGCCCGCGACCCGUACGCCCCUCUCCAACCCACGAAAGAGUUCUCGGUGGAUGUGAAAUUGUCCCUGGAACAACAUCUCACCGCAUCCCCAAGGUCCAUCGCCCUGGUCUCAAACCUAAGUCAACGCUUCGUCGACCCCGAGCUGGACUCGUUGUCGAUCAAGGUCAACUCGGAAGAUUACACGCAAAAGUUUCGUGGACCUGGAUUUGCGGAUCAGUCCGAGUCGGAUGAAGAGGAAGAAGAGACGGAUGAAGAUCAAGAUGAACAUCUUGAUAGACCGUUAUAUGUUUAUGAAAGACAUUCCAUUAGAGUUGAGAGGGAAGUAAAUGCAAAUGGAGGUGAGUUGAGGGGUUUUUUUUGGGGUUUAGGAGCAAAAAUUUUUGGUUUUGACGUCGAAAAAAUUUGAAUUUUUGGGCUUAAAAUGCUGAUUUUUUGUUGAAUUUUUUAUCAGAAAGUGGAAAAUAUAGCUCAGAGAGGCUUAAUAAUACUUUAGCAAGAGUUUUGGAAAAAUUAAAAAAAAAAAAAUUUUUUUUGGAUUUUUUUACUUUUUUGAAAUUGAAAGUAUCGAAUUUUUGGUUUUAAAAUGCUGGUUUUUUAUUGGAUUUUUUAUCAAAAAGUGAAAAAUAUAUCUCAGAGAAGGUUAAUAUUACUUUAGAAAGAGUUUUGGAAAAAUUUAAAAAAAAAAAUUUUUGGAUUUUUCUGACUUUUUUGACCAAGUAUAAUAUAAAAAAAUUCCAGAAGAAUUCGACUCCAUUGACGAAUUCGACGAGGAAAUUGUGCGCAGCCUGGAAGCGGCCGGUCCGAACGCUGCCAAUCAACCGGUACGGGUGCUGAAUGUACACGCGGAGCGUCGCCAUUACCUGAUGAAUGGAUCGCUGAACGGAGAAGUGAAUGAAAAGACGGUGGAGACGAAGACCCUAACAAAAUUGGACUUUGAAACUUCCGAUGAAGUGGAUCCGGACGUUGAGAAGAGGGUCCGAACCCCGGAUAGAAGCUUGAUUUUCGAUGUGGAUGAGAAGGAGACCUCGAUCCUGGAGGAGUCGGGAAUUGACAAGGAAGAGUCCCUGGUGGAUGAGGAAAAAUUGUCCAAGAAGAACAGAAAACGCCCCAGUUCGGCCAUGGCCAGUGAUAACAACAUUCAAUUGAAAGGUAAAGGGGAGAAUUUUGGAUUUUUGAGGGGAAAUUUAUAUUGUAGUAGGGGAAAAGAUUGUUUUGGUAAGAAGUUAUGAAAGAAUUGAUGAAAUUUUGUGGAAAAGGUGAUUUUUAGAGAGUAUAGGGCUUGUAUUUUCUGGAAAUGACGAUUUUUUCGAAUUAUGCCCUUAGGGGAUUUUUGAAAUUUUGUCGGAUUUUGAAGAUUUUUUGAGUUUUUAUGAAAAGUAAGGAGGUUUUUAAGCUUAAAAAUGCAUUUUUCAGAUUGCCUGAAGGGCUUAAUUUUAAUUUUUUAUGUUUUUGAGUUUGAUUUUUUAGAAAUUUUUUAAAAAAUUUCAUUUUUAGUCAAGCGUUGCUCCGAUGGGAACUAA